GGUGUGACUGUCAUUAAAUUUGAUGAACAUGGGAGUUAUCACUAAUUUUCUUAUUUCAUUUUGAAUUAAUAGAUUUAAUUAUAUUUUUCAAAUUAUUAUUAGUUCUCACAAACCUGUAUUAAUUUCUAUUUAACUAUUUUUUUAUUUGCUAAUACUCGUACAACGCACGCGCAGAACAUCCAUCGCCCGAAAUUUCCCAGCGCCAUAUUGAGAGGCGGACGUUGUAUGACUUGAGUGAUUAAUCGUGGUUAGUGCAAUAAAUUGAAGUGGAACAGUUGAUCGUGCCCUAUGGAUAUACAUUUGGGAGUGGUGUGCCUCGGUUGAAAGGCCUGCCGAAGGGACAGGGCUCCGCGCGUGAGGACGGAUUGCGGCCCUCCGCUCUGAGGAAUCAUGGAGUGCUGCAUGUCAGAAGAAGCCAAAGAACAGAAACGAAUCAACCAAGAAAUAGAGCGGCAACUCCGGAAGGACAAACGAGAUGCCAGGAGAGAACUCAAACUUCUUCUGCUUGGUACGGGCGAGUCGGGCAAGUCAACAUUUAUCAAGCAGAUGAGAAUCAUCCACGGCUCCGGCUACAGCGACGAUGACAAGCGCGGCUUCAUCAAACUCGUAUACCAAAACAUCUUCAUGGCGAUGCAAAGUAUGAUACGCGCUAUGGAUUUACUCAAAAUACAAUACGGAAUUCCGUCCAAUGAAGAACAGGCGGAGUUGAUAUCAUCGAUCGACUUUGAAAGUGUUACAACCUUCGAGAGCCCGUACGUGGAGGCGAUCAAAGCUCUAUGGGCCGACUCCGGCAUCCAAGAAUGUUACGACCGCAGGCGAGAAUACCAGCUCACCGAUUCAGCCAAAUACUACUUGCAGGAGAUUGACCGCGUGGCUGCUCCAAAUUACUUACCAACCGAACAGGACAUCCUACGCGUCAGAGUCCCCACAACGGGUAUUAUAGAGUAUCCAUUUGACUUGGAAGAGAUACGAUUUAGAAUGGUAGACGUCGGGGGCCAAAGAUCCGAGCGAAGGAAGUGGAUUCACUGUUUCGAAAAUGUCACAUCAAUCAUAUUCUUAGUAGCUCUUAGUGAAUAUGAUCAAAUUUUAUUCGAAUCAGAAAAUGAGAAUCGAAUGGAGGAAUCGAAGGCGUUGUUCAAGACUAUUAUUACGUAUCCGUGGUUCCAACACUCGUCUGUCAUCCUCUUCUUGAACAAAAAAGACUUGCUCGAGGAAAAGAUCAUGUAUUCGCACCUCGUCGACUACUUUCCUGAAUACGAUGGUCCGCAGCGUGACGCCAUCACGGCGCGCGAGUUCAUACUGCGGAUGUUCGUCGACCUCAACCCGGACGCCGAGAAAAUCAUCUAUUCGCAUUUCACUUGCGCGACAGACACCGAAAACAUCAGAUUUGUGUUCGCCGCUGUUAAAGACACAAUCCUACAGUCCAACUUAAAGGAGUACAAUCUCGUCUAAGCGAAAGCAUCGUGGUCACUGACACAAAUCUGUGAUUGUGUAAAACACAUAAUUUAAACAUCAUCACUUCACGACAGAAUGUGUAAAUUCACGAACUGAGAUCGGACGGACGAACUUAUUCACCUUAAAAUGUUUAAUGAGAAAUUAAGGAUAGAUUGUAAGUCAUUUAACCCAAAAACUAGGUUCGGGCCCCAGCCUGCGGACUCCGCUCGCUCUAGUCCGUACUUCGGACGGUUCGCAAGAAACGCGACUGGUUUUUUGACAUGUUUUUUUAUGAUGAAAUUAUUCACAAUUUAUGUAUGUGUCUGUAUCGGUGAAUAUUAAAUUGUGCAUUUUUAAAGUUAUGGUGGGUCUCGGCCCUAUCAUGAGCUGCUUUUAGUCAUUGUUUUAGGAUUUUUGUAAAGUUUGUUGCCAUAAUAUCUUUCUACAUUAGUAUACAUUUUAUUAUGUCCAAAUGGAUUUGAACAAACUAGUCCAAUGAACUUUUGCGUAUUUAUCGAGGUGACAUGACGGCCCGCAGGUUUGUUAGAGGCGGGCGUCUCUCACUCGGCUAGUGGCGGCAGACAGUGUAUUUACCUGUCCUACCACUAUUUUAUUAACAGAUAUCAACAUAAACCUUUAAUAUAUAUCAAUACCGUUUGUUCUGUUAGCUUGGAAGAUUUAUAUAUUUAUUAUUAUUGUAUUGUAAAGAUUACGUUACUUUUGUACAUUGGAAUUUUAUUAUUUAAGCUGUUUAUAUUUAAAUAUGGUGUUUUUCUACACGAAUUGACUUCGAGCAAAUGAUUUAUGUUUACUGUAUAAGCUUUAUGUAUGCGAUGGUCUGGUGUAUUUGGUUUUUUCCUAACGUUAUCCGUGUACGAAAAUUCCAAUCAGCUAGCCGUAUUCGAAAUACGUAUAGGGAGUUAACUACGUUAGUUGUUUAAGGACAUUUUUGAUGCAUUUGAUAUAAAACUUUUUUUACUAGAAACCCGUGGGAUACCAAUAAUGAUGUGAAUUGUAAAAACCGAAACCGAUGUUUUAUGCACGAAAGCUUUUACCACAUGAAUGUAAUAUAUUGUACAUUUGGGUCUAAAUGUGCUGAGUGAAUUGAGCCGACAGUUCAAUGCCAAGUUUUGCUAUUGGCACCUUUUUAUAUUCGUAACGUAAAGCACAAACUAUAAAUAAAUAAUUAUAUAAAUGUUUUCCAUAUUUUAUAGUAAUUUCAUUAUAUUAUGCUUAAUUUAGUGUGUUGUGUUGUGUUACUUUAAUUAUUUAUGUAUAGUAAGAAACAAAGUUUCUAUUUUGAGAUGUAACAUAAAUAUUAACUUAUUCGUUGUCUUUAUUUUAUACAUCGUAAGCAUAUCGAUUUCAUCAAUGUUUAAGCGCACCGUGACAUCUGACACUGUCAAUAGCAAAACUGUAUGCUUUAUUAUAUACAGCUGUCUGAAAUGCUCAAAAUAUUGUGAAGUUGAAACUUAGCGCACAAUAUUGGAACUUUCUAUUGAUGUUACCCAUUGAAGUGCAAUCUCUGUGUAUGCCCUGUACAUAGACAACUAUUUUCUUUUGUGCAAUUGUACAGCAAUAUUGUGAAUUAUCGAGCGAGACACCUUUGUGGUUCUCAAGAGCCGCGCGAGACGAGGCGGCGCGGAGCGGCCACUUGCGAACGUGCACUCUAACGUCAUAUAAAUAUAUAACAACUUUCCUUGACGCGAAGUGUGAAAUUUUUUCAUUGGGUGAUAUUCCUCUAUGUCAGACUGAUUUUAUGAGGUCAACGACUGCCUUGUCGCCCAGUCGCGUGAUUAAAAUAAAUAGCUACUAAACAAAAGUAAACAAAGCACAAAGAUACUAAUUUAUUGGUGAGUAGACGUAGUCUAGUAAGAAAGUGAUUGUAAAAUUCGCUACGUGGCAAAGUUAACGACAUGAUAUGAGUGAGACGUCGAUAAAUUUAGGUAAUGUACAGUAAGAUAAAACUAAUGUGGCUCACAGCAUCACCUGCGCAGCAAAUGUCGACCAAUCGGAAUAAUUCAAAUGUAGCGUCAUUAUCGAGCGAUCUGCGCAUCCUGACCCCGCCGAAUGUGAGCGAGACGAACACUAAUUUUACACCUUAUAGUUAUCAAAACAAAUGAUUAUAAAACUCAAUGACAUGUUCGGUCAUCGUCGGUACUGCUAAGGCUACUCUGCGCAAACGAAAAUUCGCCAUGCACCAUAUUAGUUUGUACUUGCUGUGAUAAUAAUAUAUGUAAGGGACGAUAGUACUCUCGUGAUCGUUGGAUAGCCGUGAGCGAGUGCGCGGACGCAACGACCCAAAGCGCCGCCAAACCGCGCCCGAAAGUCGCGGAUUCGUAUCUUCCUUACGAAUGGACUGAUAUUCAUGUACUGGUGUGGUUCUUACCUGUUUAUUUUUUACGGUUGGGCGAUGACUACAAAAAAUAUUGCUAUAACUAUAUUAUAGUCUAACGUUGCUUUACCUUUUGCGUGAGAUUGUGAGAAUUUUAGCUUAAGUUCCGACUGAAGAUGGAUGCCUGUAUGAAAUAUUGUAAAUUAUAAUUUCUCAUAAAAUAUAAUUUUUUUCAGCU